AUGGAUAAAAUGGAACAUUUAAUGUCACGUAUUCCAGAAAAAAUACUUUAUUUGGAAGAUUCAUUCAAUUUCAAGUUUGCUCCAUACGUAAAAACUGCUGGUACAGUACUUCUUGGAUGGUUAGUUGUAUCAUGGAUGUGGCACGUAUGUACAUUUUUAAUCCAGAUUACUUUGAUGCUCUUUGCACCAGCGAUAGUAAGUGCUCUGGCGAUAGUAUUGAUUUGUCCUUCAACACUCGAUUGGAUUAUGCAACAGCUUAAACCAACGAUGACGAUUUUUUUCCCGGUUCUAAUGCGAAAAUUUGAAUUACUGUCGAGGACUUGGAUGGACGAAAGCUGAUGUAAAAUGUUUUUUCUGAAUUGAAAGCUAGUAACUAUUUUGUUGAUUUUGAAAAAAUGUAUUUCUUAUUCUUUCAAAUGCACAAAAUAACAAGGAUUGAAAUAAAUAAUGUUUACAUUUUGUAGCAAGUAUGA